AUGCCGGCGGGAUCUCCGGAUCCUAGCAGGGCCUCCCAAGCCGGUAAGGCUCACACUGGGAAGCGUUGUAGCCGGGUCGUCGGUGAGUGCAGGGGUGAAGAGACCGGGGUGGUGGAUGUUCUUGGACCAUCCAGGUCUGGGACAUCGGGCGGGGCACGCGAGUGCUUCGUGGUGUUGGAGGGGCUGCCGCGCCCGGAAGAGGUCGCAGAGGAAGGCGCGUCGACGAAGCCCAGCUCUAGGCCGUCGUCGACACGCGGGCUAAGGGCUGCUGGCUCGUCAGCUUCGCGGGCAGGCUCUAGGGCUGGUCAGCCAUUCGCCGGCCUUGCUCCGGUUUGUCCGCGGGCAGGCUCCCGGCUGGGCGAUGCUGAGGACGAUGGCGUCUCCGUGACGUCCAUGUCCUCGGCAUCUUGCGGCGGGGUCAAGCGCCGGGUUGGUAUGCACCGGCCCGCGUCGCCCCCGGCGACUCGGGCGUCGGCCAAACGAGCCCGAGGUAAAGAUGCCUCGCCCCCUGUGGACAUCGACGAUCCGCCUGCCGCCCUAGUCCCCAGCCCCGCAAGGCCUCUGGAGGGUGGAUAUGCCGGAGCGGUGAGGAGGCGGACGACCCCUGCGGCUGCGGUUGGUGCCGUAGAUUCCUCCACGCCGGCGGUUGGCGGGGAAACCUUCCCCGUCAGUAUUAAGCCGGCGGGGAGGAAGAAGAAGGGUAGGGGGAGGAAGAGGGGAGCGCAGGCUGCCCUACCAUCCACCCUUCCCCAACAGUCGUUGGCUCCUCCCCCCACUAACCCUGCGACGGCACCAGCCAACCCCGAUGGGGCUGCCUGGUCGCAGGUGGUGGGGAGGCGAGCGAGGAGAGCAGCCGGGACCGCUUCGGCCGCUCCCGUGACCCCGGCCCCUCCUCAGAAGGGCACGAGCAAGAGGGCUGGAAGACUAAAGAAAGCGCCUCCUCGCGUAGUGGCCCCUCCCCGUUCGGCGGCGGUGACGAUCACCGUCCCGGAAGGGAGCAAGGCAACCUACGAAGAGACCAUUAGGAGGGCUCGCCAGGGCGUUGAUCUGGGUGCCCUCGGAAUUGAGGCCCUCUCAAGGAAGAGGGCCGUCACUGGAGGCCUGAUCGUUCAGGUCCCCGGUGCUGAUGGGGCCCUAAAGGCCGCCGCUCUGGCGGCCAAAGUGACCGCCGCUCUGGGGAGCCUAGACGUGAAGGUGGCCAGACCCGUCAAGAAGACGUAA